AUGGACGCCGCGCGGUAUGGAUCGUGCUCUUCGUAACCGGGCGGUGUAUCUGGGGCGACCGAAAGCAGCCGGAGCAGCUGCUGUUGCGAUAUCGGUCAACUGGGAUCGCUGAUAAGCGGAACUCGCACACGCAAUAAUGGUGGAGAGGAAGGAAUAAGGGGUCUUUGGGUCUCCAUCGGCGACGCUAUUCUCAAGUCCGGGCACUUAUUAGACACAAUCAAAUCGGCCCCUGUGUGUGUGUGUGUGUGUGUUAGAUCGCCGAACAAUCAAUCGGAUUGCACUUUGGAAACCGAUAAAGUAGAGCAUAUAGGUAAUCUCUUACCUGUGCCUAAUGGCCUGCCGUUGGAGCGGGACGCAAGGGUUAGCUGUUCCGGUCUCUCGGAUGUGUUGCCGAAGAAAGGGGGAGCUUAUAAAACAUUGUGACACCGCGUCACGGACGCUGCAGUAGCGCUGUCCUCGCGUACCUAGCAAGACAUCGUCACCACCACUACCACCGUGAGCUCCAUCCAUCCAUCAACCAGCAAACAGCAGCAGCAGCAGCAGCCUUACGAUCAAGUGCCAGUGCUUCCACAAUGUCCCACAACCAUGGCGGACCGGAUGAUGUGGAAAUGGCUUGCCCGAUGCAGAUGUCGUUCCACGGUGGCAGCUGCGAGGUGAUACUGUUUCCCAGUUGGGCCACCACCGAGGCCGGUGCGUUUGUCGGUGCCACGAUCGGCUUCUUUCUGCUCGCCUUCCUGUACGAAGGUUUGAAGUACGGCCGGGAGCUGCUGCACGUCAACCACACCGGCAAGCUCAGCCCUUCGGUCGCCGGCGUCCAGAAGCGUACGAUCAGGGAUGCGCUGCUGAACCGCGUCCACAUCGUGCAGAGCCUCCUCCACCUGGUACAGGUGAUCGUGUCCUACCUGCUGAUGCUGAUCGUGAUGACGUACAACUACUGGUUGUGCCUGGCCGUCGUCCUGGGCGCCAUGUGUGGCUACUACGUGUUCGGCUGGGUGCGCAACAGUUCCGUCGAUCCAACCGAGCACUGCAACUGAGCCGCCGCUAGCCGACACGAUAACCGAGACCACUACCGCACGCAACUCCACUUACACUUCCGCUUCCGGGCCUAGCAAUAAAAGCUGUUAACUUUUCU